AUGCAGCAAUGGCGCCCCACCGAGUCCGACGUGACCCCGUUCGCCGGUCGGCUGGGUGGGAACCAGGUGUUUGUGGUCGACCGCUCCAACCCGGCGAAUGCCCAACUCCUGUUGAAGCUGCCGGACGCGGCGCCGAAUCUGAACUUCAGCGAAGCGUUCGACCCCUCGGGCUUCUGGGAGAUCGAUCUCUACAAGGCUGCCAUGAUUGAGUGUUUCGGCACUUUGAUCCUCGUCUAUGCCACCAGCUGGAAUAGCCUGUCACCACCCACCGCCCCGCCCGCUCCAUCGCCGACUUCUGGAGUGUUCAGCACCACCGCCUUCCUCGGCCCCCUGGUAGCCGCGUGCAUCAAUGCUAUCCUGAUCGCUCUGCUGAUCUACUGCUUCGGAGCCAUCUCUGGCGCGCACCUCAAUCCGCUCAUCACCAUCGGCACCUUCUUUGCACGACUCACCAGUUUCCCGCGCUUGGUUUUGUAUUUGGCCGCUCAAACCUCGGGGGCCUCACUGGCGGGAUUGAUGCUGCGCGCGAGUGCAGGCACCAGAGACUUCAAGGUCGGCGGUUGUUUUCUGUCCGAGAACAUGGUGCCGAUUUCGUCAGCGUUUACUAUUGAGUUCAUGGCCAGUCUCUUGCUUUUGGUGCUGGCCUUCGGUGUGGGCUUGGACCCGCGACAGCGUGAGAUCUUUGGUCCUGCCCUGGCCCCAAUCCUGGUCGGUCUCGCCGCUGGCGCUUGUGCCCUCUGCUUUUCAUUCAGCCGGCCAGGCUAUGGCGGUGCAAGCUUGAAUCCUGCCAGAUGUUUUGGAGUCUUUGUCGGAAGCCAUUUCCCGGCAUGGCAUUGGCUCCAUUGGGUUGGCCCAACAGCCGCCAGUAUGUUGCAUGGGGUGGUCUAUUUCCUCGUUCCGCCAAUCUCUCCAAAGGGCCCUGGCCCUGCUGCAACUGCAAUCGAGCGAGAGACUGUGGGACUGGAGAAAAGUAAUGUCGGCGGGGAAAGUGUAUAG